AUGACUACAUCAAGUCGCUCAGCCGGUAAGCGGUUGCCUAUCAGUUGUCAAGCUUGUCGAACCAGAAAGAUACGCUGCUCUCGUGAUGGACGCCCUUGCCAGACCUGUGUUCGCCGAGGAUUAGGCCCCGAGGACUGUUUUUACUUGGGACAACCUAGAAUGGCAUCUGCGCAUGCUUUGGCGCCACAGACACCCGGUCAGAAUGAAUUAUUUACACGGAUCCGCAACCUCGAGGAGCAGCUUCAAAGACAGGCCCAAUUGCAGUCAUGCGAUUCUGUAUCUCCAGAAAACUCUCCUAGUGCGACUAGCAGUCUUUUUGAAUCCGACAAUGCCAUCGACCCAGAGUCGAGAGAGAUAACAAGCCCUUUGCUUAGCAGCGUCGGUACCCUUCAAAGAUUUGCUUCUGGAUACGUUCGCUAUCUGCCGUUGGCAACCCAGUGGGGCCAAAUGAGCCCUACGGCCCCAGGAAGCGAUUCUCUGCCCAAUGUCGAUACGGAGAUACCGGAGGAUAGCGAUGACCUGCAGGUUCCUUUGACAAAAAGCUGUAUCUCUAGACAUGAGCAUCUAGCGAUUCUCCCGCCUCGCCGGUACUGUGAUGCACUGAAGGAUAUAUACUUGCGGGUUUUUUCACCUCUGUUCCACAUUCUUCACGACCUGACCUUCGAGGCUGAAUACCAACAAUUUUGUCACGACCCUAACAGCGUGACGACGGCGUGGAUUGCCCUACUCUUUGCCAUUCUGGCAAUUGCUGUCACUGCCCUGGGGGAUGACGAGCCACUCCUCUCCGACUUGGGCCGUGAGAAAACUGUCAGCCGAAACAUCAAGCUUCUUUCUUCGCGCUAUCGGUCCGCCUCGCUGCGCUGUCUGGCAUCAGACGGCGUCCUCUCUCGCCACUCCAUCAAUUCCCUCCAGUCUCUUCUUCUGAUCAAUUACGCACGGAUUCACCGCGGUCUGCCAACAUGGACUCUGCUAGGCUUCACACACCAUGUAGCCAUCUCUAUGGGCUGUCAUGUGGAUCCGGAUCAAUUUCCCCUGGGACUCAUCGAGCGUGAAGAGCGCAGACGCGCAUGGGCCGGUGUGACGAUGCUCUUUACGGUUCAGAACACAGUAUAUGGUCACUUUCACCAAAGCUCCUCUCUAGGCAUGAACCCCCCCUUAGAAGUCAACGACGUGGACCUACUCACGGGAUCCCUCUCUGCAAAACCAACGCGCCCAACACACAUGACAUACCUUCUACUCGAGUCUCGCCUGAACAGAAUAUUCUCCAUGAUUUGCCGCACCCUCUUCGGCUUCCCAAAGUACAGCCUAUCCCAGCUCGAAUCACAGACCCUCGCUGUUCACGAAAUGUGCGACCAGCGAUACCAGCUCAACACGAACCUCGAACCUCUGCCGACCCACCACGUGGCCAAUCUGAAUAUCCUCUACAGCUCCAUCCACCAACUCCUCUUACUCCUCCUCCGUCCAAGCUUCUGUUGCUACCUCCAGGGAGUCUUCACUCCCGAGACCUGCGCAUCGCGGACCAAAUGCAUCGCCUCCGCCAAAGCGUCUCUGUUGAUCUAUCAGACUCUCGAUGGAUCAUCACAGUUCGCAUCGUAUAAAUGGUACAAUAGUGGUCAGGGAAGCUUCCACGCCUUCCACGCAGCCGUGGUGUUAUCCGUGACCUUGAUGUACCCAGAAAGCCAGUACGAAUUUGUCGAGACAAAAGAGAUGCUCUGGAAGUCGUUGGAUGUCUUUGCAGCUUUGUCCAAUCGCAGCAAUUUCUGCAGUAAAGCCGUUCCUGUCCUUCGUCAGAUAAUUGACACAGCCAGCACCCGAGGCCAACAAGCCAUCCUAGCCAUAGGCCCACACGUCAACCUAGGAAGCUCACCGUCCGAUUACACACAAGCCUACGCCUCUGCGACGACGGACUACAGUAUCACCGAGCCACUCUUUUCUCUCCUUCAGCCUCAGAGCUGGGUCAGUCCUAGCUCCAUCCCCUGGGAUUGCUGGAAGUUCCUUUCCGAACAGGGAUGAGUGUCUCACGGAGGGGUGUGGGUAUGUGUUUACUUGGCUGUUGGAGGAUUGACAGCGCACAUGAUAUGAUUUGAUAUGAUACAGGCCUUUUGUCUGUUGCUGUAGGAGUCAGGUAGCUCCGCAGGCUGGUCUUGUUGUGACUGAAUUAGUGAUUCAUGAUCGAUAUGCCGUCAGAUUCGGAUAAUCAUUGUCUUGAAUCGGGAAUCUUUGAAGGUCGGACAUGGGAACUGCGAUGCCUCUGCAAUCGGGAGUCCAGAGCGCCAACGGCUUAAUGGACCGGACAGGCAUGGAUGCAUCUUCGGGGAAUGGACAACGGCAACAGGACAAAUAGCAUGACUGUCCUGCUAAAUGACAGAACCUCCGGCCAAGCCUGACCGCGUCAGAGGCCACGGUGGGCAAAGUGAUCUCGACAAACAGGAGGUGAAGAAUACUUACUAGUCUUGAUAAAUAUUAAUUAGCUCAUG